AGAAGAACAAAUGUAAUUGAAAAUUUAUAUGCUAGGUUACCAAUAGGAUAGUAAAAUAUAAUUUUAGUAUUAUACUGUUUUCAAGCAAGUACUUUUAAUAUAGAAGAUCUAUCAAAAAUGGACCACUAUUAAAUUUGGGUGAUAUUAAAUAUAAUAGGGGCAAGUGCUCUUAUUUUACUUUUGUUAUAUAGUUUAAUCGAUAUUGCAAUAGAUUAAGGUUAAUUAAAAUAUGGAUCAUUAAAAAUAACAUUUUUAGCAUGGGUUAUUAUUACUGUUGGAAUGAUAGUAGGGUCAGAUACAGCACAAGUUUAAAUUUUAAAAUAUAAUAAGUUUAAAGAAGCCUCACUUGAUUAUAAUAUUCCAGUUUCAAAUUGGUUUGCUAUUACAGGUAUUUGUUUUCAAAUUGCAUUUAAUGGAUUUGAAAAUGCCAUUUAAGAUGAUCCAGAUAAUAAAGAAGUCGAUUCAGAUAAAAAAGAAGUAGAUUUAGAUAAAAAAGAAGUCGAUUUAGAUAAAAAAGAAGUAGAUUUAGAUAAUUAACAAGUUGAUUUAGAUAAUAAAUGA